CGCCAUCUUGUUGUCAUGAACUCAUAAAUAAACUGUCUCGCAAAUAACACUCUUCUGCAGUCAUGGGAGUUGACUACUACGAUAUAUUGGGCCUUACCCGAAGCGCCACAGAUGCUGAAAUAAAAAAAUAGUAAGGAAUGUCAUAAAUAUUUGUUUAAGUCUACACAUUAUUUCUCAAGGGAAAUUUGCUCUAGCCGUAAUAUAAAACUUGAAACGUGUGUAGUUAAGUAUAAUGACUUGACUUAAUGUUUUACAUUACAUUUUACUUUUACAUUCACAUCAUUGUGUCUAAUUAUAAUUUUGAAUGUGUAUCUUACUCACUAACUAAACAUUGUGGGCUGUAGGUUAUCCCUACCAUAGCACUGACUUUCAGUAUCCUGAGUAAAGCAAAAGCAGUUUUUACAAUAGUAUAGUAUUUCAGAAAUUGUGUGCUAAAGACUAAAGAUAUUGUUAUAUCCCUAUGCCUAGGCAUAUAAUAAUAAUCUUUAUUAAUCUUUGUCUUGAUAAUUUGCUGGGAUGCUAAUCCUCAAUGAAAAUUGAUAGACCUAAACAUUUAUUUAAAUUAUAAACUGUAACUUAUCAAUUAUUUAUUCCUUUUGACAAUUUGAUGUACCUGAAAGAAUUCUAGUCCUAGUGUUAAGUGUUUAUCAUUUGUAAGAUAAAAGUAUUAAAUUCAUUUAAAGUGAAAGCUUUUUAUCUUAUAAAUAAACACCCACACUACUUAAAGUAGCAGAUAUCAAUUAUAGCUAUGUAUAACCUGGUAUUAUUUUUUGCUAUAGACUAUUUUGCUAAAAUAUUAUAUGUUUGAUGAAUCCAUGGACAAUAUGGCAUUCAAAUUUAUCAAUAAUGAUAUUACAGCUACCGUAAGCUAUCCCUAAAGUUUCACCCAGACAAGAAUCAAGGAGAUCAGAAUGCUGCCGAUAAAUUCAUGCAAGUUGCUGAAGCAUAUGAUGUCUUAUCAGAUCGUAAGUUUACUACUAAAACUCAAGAUUUUUAUAAAGGGAACAUUCAGAAUAAAUAUAGCUGAAAUUUUAAUAUAAUUUUAUUUCUUUAAAAAAUAAGAGAAAAAAGAAAUGUCUUUUUUAGGCCAAUAAUUAUUUUUGUACCAUAUUAUAAGUCUUUAUAUAAUUUUUACAGCUCGUAAACGUGCAGUAUAUGACCAGUUUGGAGAGGAAGGAUUAAAAAAUGGUGUACCAGCCGGAAGUGGAGAGGCUGGUGCAUGGACAUAUGGUUAUACUUUUCAUGGAAAUCCUGAAAAAGUUUUUAGAGAAUUCUUUGGAGGGGACAAUCCCUUCCAAGGUAAGGAAAGUUGCUUUAUUUGUUUAUAAACGAAUAAUUUGUUAUAACAACUUAAUUUAAAGAGAUUGUCCAAGAAAGGUUUUGAUGUAAUAUAUUCCAUUUGGUCGAAGCGAUUGAUUUGAGGAAAAUACAAACUACCAAGGUCAGAAGACACCAGACCCAUGCCGAAAAAAUAAAGGUCAUAGUCUAUAAAAAAAUCUAACUUUUUUAAAAAUAAGUGAAUGAAUUGCUUGGUGUCAAUAAGUAUUUUUUUUAAAUUGAUAUAAUUUUGUUUAAAAACUAAUUGGAUACAAACUUUGUUUCAGAAGCCAUCCCUAGAAAGAGGGAAAAAAUAUGGAUCAAUAUAUAUUAAUAUUUGAAAGAGUUCAAAGCUUAAUAACUUUAUAAUGAUCUGCCACUGUAAACCUAUAAAUUUAAUUAAAACCUUGCUAACUUUUAUAUUUUCAAUCACAGAAUUUCAUGAUAGAGUGGAUGGGGAUUUAAGUAUGGGUUUUGGAGGAUUACAUGGCAGGGGGGCAAAAAAACAAGACCCCCCCAUAGAGAGAGACUUGUAUCUGAGUCUCGAGGAAGUGUAUCAUGGCUGUACCAAAAAGAUGAAAAUAUCAAGACGAGUGAGUAUUUUAUUUUUUCAAUGUGUUUGUUUUUUUUAUUAAAAAAUACUUGAUUCUUUGAUUGUCCACAUUUUUUGCAAUUAGGAAUUUCAAACAAAUAAAAGAAAAGAAAAUUGAGCCAUUGGCAAAGGGCAUAUUAAAUGAAGUGGAACAUUAUUGAGAUGAAUUUAAUCUCUUAGGUCAUGAAUGAAGAUGGCCACACCUCCAGUAUACGUGACAAAAUUCUAACUAUCACAGUAAAGAAGGGAUGGAGACCAGGUACAAAGAUAACAUUUCCCCAGGAAGGUGACCAGGGACCAAACAAUGUACCAGGUAGUUAGAAAAAAAAAGAAUUUAAUUAAUUCUUAACAAUAGAAUUCAAUUGUGUGAUAAAAUCUUGAAACUUGAAAGUAUUUUAAAAAAUGUUUCUUUGAUAAAAUCUUGAAAAAAAUAACUGAUAGAAAUGAUAGUUUUAGUGACAAACAGGGUCCAAGAAAAUAAAUAUUUUGAUUAGUUUUAUACAUAUAAGCCUGUUAAUUUAGACUUGGUUUAUAAUUUACCUUGCAUUUUGAUUGUAGGUAAAAUUUACCAAAAAGCUUGUUUAUCCAUCAUUUAAAUAAAUAUCAAAAUCUUGAAACAUACCUAUGAACAUUUCAUGACACACUAUGUGAAUUAAAUAGUUACAAACUAUGCAAAAUUUCUAUAUUUUAAAGUAUUGAUUUUGAAAAAUAUUGCUCAACAAAAUUCCUUUUUCCCCAAUUCAAUGUUGAUACAUGGGCUAAAUAACCCAUAUUUUUGACAGCCGACAUAGUAUUUAUUGUGAAGGACAAGCCCCAUCCUAGAUUCCGAAGAGAGGGAGCCAAUCUGAUUCAUACUGCAAGGGUUCCAUUAGGGAGGGCACUGACAGGUUGUACUGUAGAGAUUCACACACUUGAUGAGAGGAUUCUUCACAUUCCCAUCACAGACAUUGUCAAGUGAGUGGCUUGCAGUUGCCUAUUACAACUCGUUGAGAGUAACAUUUAGAAAAAAUGAAAAGUGUUUCAUUAACAAGGUAAAACUAUUAAAAGCAAAACAAAGGAAUUGCACCAGUUAGAAUGGGACACUACUCAUGCAAUAAAAAGUGAAUAAUAACUAAAAUAAGCUCAGAAAUAAAUAACUUUAUAGGUUUGUUUGGGGUAUUUUUAUAAAUAGUGUUAAAAUCAGGAGGAACAUAGAUCCAUGAUUACAUUUUCAAUUCAAUUUUAGAUGGAAAGUAUAAAGCACAACAUGGAAUUUCAUGAUUUAAUGUUCCUUUUGACAGGCCUAAAAGUUGGUGAAAAUAGCCUUGAUGGUGUUUAUGGGAUUAGCAUGAACAACUUACUAUAACUUCAACAUCUGCUUGAUUGCAAAGUUGUGUUGUUUUUUUAAACAAUUAACUAGAGAAUAAUCAUUCUUGGCUCAGAAGGAUUUCUGCUGGUAAUUACUAUGGCAUAAACACAAGCAUUUCUGAAGAGUGUUGAAAUUCAUUCAUAAAUUGUAUUUUUCUCUUGCUUCAGGCCUGGUUACAAGAAAGUGGUACCUGGGGAGGGCAUGCCUUUGGUGGUUGCCCCAUGCGACAAAGGAGACCUGAUCAUUGAGUUUGACAUAGAGUUCCCUUCAUCUCUUAUACCAGAGAAAAAAGAACAUGUGAAAAGAGCACUGCUGUACUAAGGGGGGGGUUUUUUUAGAUUGCUAAGGGGUGUAUUUUCAUAACAUAUAAAAGAUCUUCAUUGUGUAAAAAUGUAGAUCUUGAAUAAUUAAGCUUCAUUGGUGAAAUGAGCCUAACAGUAAAAAAGUUCCAAGUGACAGUAGCUCAAAUUGUUAUUAUAAUGCAUGUUGGCCAUUUUUGUUCUCAAGAAAAUAUUUCAUUUUCAUAAUAAUGUAGGAAAAGUUUUUAAAAAAUGCAACUUUUAAGGUGAAGACAUUUAUUGUCAUCAUAAUAUUCUUUGCCUUGAAAUUAUUUUUUUCAGAAUGCAAGCAUUACUUUCUGAAAUGUGUCAUUUUCCAUUAAUACUGUAAUAAGUAACUAAUGAUGCUGUUUUACUUCAUGCAUAGAUUAUUACAAUGCAAUAACUUAAGAUUGAAUUUUAAUAUUCACAUAUGAUGUCAAUUUAUAUCUGAAACUUUAGGCCAUUUACACAGUUUAGUAUUUCAUAUAUAUCAAUAUUGUAUAUUUAUUAUAAUUGUGCUAAUGUUGCAGCUGAAUAAAAAACAAAUAUGCCUCACAUCAAGAGAAAGUUUUGGAAAAUCAAUGUUUUUUUCUUUUUUUCAAAGAGCUAUUUUAAUAAUUGAAAAGGAAAUUUGAUUUGAUUCCUUCAAAAGGAGCAAUCCAUUUAUUGUGGAUGCAGUAUGGGGGAGGGGAUGUUGGCUUAGGAUUUUGGAUACAGGUGAAUACAAGGUGGUGUGGAGGUCUCAAUGUGUAGGUACAAAAGACCUUUAUGACUUUCAUAGCAUCUGAACACCAUAGCUUUUAGCCCCCCCCCCUCCCCCCCCUUUUUUUUCCCCCCUCCAAUAAAUAAUAAUAAUGAACAUAAUUUAUUUAUGACUGAUCUUUACUAAUCC